AUGGGCGGCGAAGGGCAGGGGCGGCGGUUGCUUCACAUGGCGGCGGAGAGGGUGGCAGACAGUCACAGGUGAGAGGGCGGCAAAGCAUGGCCAAGCGGUGGCUGAUUUUGCUUGUGAACGGUGUGAUUGUGUUGGGUGAUGUGUACAGGAUGGUGUCAGAGCGACAGAGAGUCCAAACGAUGGAAGCAACCCAACGGCAAUCGAGAGAAACAAUGGCCACAAGUAAACAAUGAGCAAGAUCCGAGAUCAGACGAUUUCAUUGUGUUUUGCUUCGUUGUGUGUGUACAGGGUUCGUCUACGCGUCGAGGGGUGCGUCACGGUCGUCACCGAAGGCGAGGAGAACAAACGAGGUGCGCACACUCGAGUGAUGUAUCUGUAUGUGUACUGCGGCGUGCUGGGCGUGCGACUGGCCUGCGAUGCGCUCGUCUGCGUGUGUGUGUACACGUGUACGUACUCAUUCACUCGUUCACAGCGUCUGUGCUCAUCUUGGCUCUCUGUGUGCGUUGAAUUGCUCUAUGCAGGCGUGUGUGUAUUGUACGCUCAGACAUAUACGUAUACACCGUCGCGAUCGGCCUCCCUCCGUCCUCUUCUCCGGGUUCGCAAGUAGGACACACGUGUGCGUCGAUGUCCGGACGUUGCGGCUCGUGUGGGGUGUGUAUGUGUGCGUUCCCUGUGUGCAGACCUCUGUCGACCUUCUGCGGCGUGUUGUUCUCGUCACCGGCAGCGGUGGCCCUUCGUGGAUGGUCUGCGUGUCUGUCGAUGCGCUACAGUGCUGCUAAUGCGAUGACCGGCCGCCCAUCUCUUCCACACGUGUGACCGACCAUCCAUCGAGUCGAAUCUGAC